AUGAAUUAUAUAAAACAAUUUUUUUAACCACCAAACUCACUUUCAUAUUUCGCAUUUGAAAAUGAUGGAUGGAAAAUUGAGAAUUGCAAAAACUAUGAUUAAAAACUAAACAAUAAGUAGAUUUCAUUUCUCACAUAUAAUGUUUGGUUUGAAAAACAUAAUUUUAACGAAAGAGUUAUAGAAAUCUUGAAAAUAAUAUAACAGAACAAUUGCGAUUUCGUAUGUCUGCAAGAAGUAACCAGAGACUUUUAGAUUAUGAUGUCCAAUGAUAAAUUUAUCUAAUCAACUUAUUUCAUCACUGGAAAUGUUAUUAAGGGUUACGGUAUACUAAUACUGAGCAAAUUUAAACCAACUUUUAUAAUUGAGUUGCCAUUCAACUCUCAAUUUGGAAGAACAUUCUUAUAUUUAGAAUGUUAAAUUAAUGGGCAUUCUUUAGUUGUUGGAACUUCUCAUCUUGAAUCAAUGGUUUAUAAUGAAUAAGCAAGAUAUGAUUAACUGUAAACUACAUAUAAAGAAUUAGAAAAAUAUAAGAAUGUAAUUAUCAUGGGGGAUUUUAAUUUGGAAACUUAAAAAGAUGAGCAAUCUAUCUCACCAUAAUACGCUGAUUUAUGGAAACAACUUUACCCUGACAAUCCUGGAUACACUUUCAUAAUAGAUGAUUUCAAAAGAAGAUUUGAUAGAAUAUUGUUAAAAAAAGGAGGUUCAUAUUAAGCAAGCAAUAUAGAGAUUUUAGGCACGAAGGAAAUACCACUCUAUAAGGACAACAAACCUUCAAUGAAGGGAGAAGUGAAGACUCCUUCGGAUCAUUAUGCAUUAAAAUUACAUUUAUAAUAUUUAUUAUGA